AUGAUGAGCGUCGAUUUGAACUACCUCACUCCACGCGGCCUCUUGGUCAACAAGAGCUUUGUUUGCCAGGGGCCAUCGUUCAGCAACCUCGUCCUGGCCAUCGACAAGAUGAUCGAUGUGCCGUACAGCAAGGAGACCAUGGCGCAAAAGUCUAACUUCUCCAGUGACGCGUUCGACGCCCUUCUAGACGUGCUUGAAGACUGCCUCGGGUACAUGGCAGAGGUGCUGCUCCUCGUGCUCCCAGCCCUCGGGGUUCGUGGCGACUGGCUAACCAGUUCUCGGUCGCAGAUCAACGCCAACGCAGGGAAGCUCAAGACCGCAUAUCGUGAUGUCGGCGCCGUCUGCGAUGCCAUCCUGGUCCUUUCGGCCGCGGCCCCCCAAGACUACAAUAAACUGUUCGACGACCUGGCGCGGCUCUACAAGGACGAAUCCGACAACGAGGCACUGCGAGACUCUGUCAAGAGGCAGAUUGACGCACGCUUGACGGGCAUUCGCAACGUUUCCACAAAGGCCACCGCCACGCGAGCCGUCCUGGCCAAUUCCACAGACGCCGUGCAACUGGCCCAGGAGCAGCUGAAGCAGGUCAGCGCGCAGCUCAACACCGAGGCCAUCUACCGACGGCUCCUGGAGGCCUUCAUGCCCGACAUGGUCAAGAUUGCAAUGAACAACUUUGCCAUCAACAUGAUGAGGGGCUGGAUUGGGCAGAUCCAACUGACCGAAGGGACUGCCGCCUCGUUGACGGAGCUGCAGAAAGCUGUUGGUGCCGUCGCCGAGAUCGACAUGGAUCUCAUCGACUUGCGCAAGUACGUCGAGGAGAACACCUCGCCCGGACCAGGCCCCAUCCUGGAUCUCCAGAAGGGAAACAUCCUCGAGAAGUGGGAAGACUUGGACAAGGAAGUGAGGAAGUUCAAGGCAAACUUUAUUGAUACCGUAGGAGAGGGAAAGGCGAUAAAGGGCUCUGGUCUUUUCGCCGGCUGGGACGUUGAUUAA